CUGAUUCGGGAAUAGCCAUUGUUUUCAUAUGCGCAGAACAGACGAUCAUAUAACAGUUUAUGAAGAACAGAGAAUUUAAGAAACGCACUUAAUAAUGUUUUUGGAAGCAGCAACGUUACUGCUCGUUGUCUUUUUCGUAUGGUACAAUCUAACCACAUAUCUCGAACGACGAAAAAUGCCACCAGGACCAUACCCCUGGCCUUUUAUCGGCAACUUGCUACAGAUGGACAGCGAUCCCAUAAACCCAUUCAAAAAACUCGUAGAAAAAUACGGAGAGAUAGUGUCGGUAUCCUUUCCAUUGAGACGUUGCGUUCUUAUCAACACCGCAAAACUCGCGCGAGAAGCGCGUCUUACACGAAAGAACGAUUUGGCCGGUAAGAUACCAAACACGAUGUACCCUGGUAAUGUCAUCUUUGGAGAACGUGAUGUUAUUUGUUCAGACUUCGGACCAGGUCACCUAUUUUGCAAAAAGGUUCUCACACGUAGUCUGCAUAUGUUUGGUCAAGGUAUAGAAAAAGCAGAAACACGCGUCAACUAUGCAGUACAGAAGUUGGUUGAUGAGGUUAAGGCAUUGAAGGCUGAAAAGUUCUCCCCUAAGGAUCUUCUUUCUCGUGCGAUACUCUGUCAAAUAUGGGAAUGGCUUACUUCAAAAAAACUUUCGCUGCUAGACCCGAGGGUUUUACAGUUGGUGGAGUUCAACAAUAAGAUUUCUGCAUUGUGGGCGCAGUUCACUCUUGUUCAACUGAUUCCUGGUAUGUCUCAUCUCCCGACAAAGUUCAACAAGGAGCUUCGGGAGUUAAUAAAGACAAGAGAUAAAAUAUUCGGCCGUGAACUUAAGUACCACAGAGAAACCUAUAAUGAAGACGUAACCCGAGACUUAAUCGACGGUUUUCUUACAGCGUUUCAUAAAGAGAUUGCUAAGGAAAAGCAAAAACACAUUAGCACCAUCGACGACAUCCAAGGAUUGAUGGUCGACCUUGUUUUUGCAGGCUCAGAUACUACGUCAGCAGUAUUAUCUUGGUUCAUUCUUUAUGUUGUGCUCCACCAAGAUGUUCAACAAAAUAUUCACGACGAAAUUGACAGAGUUGUUGGAAGAAAUCGCUCACCAAGUUGGCAAGAUACCAAACAGCUCAAUUAUCUACAAGCGUGUGUUUGCGAGACAUUGCGGCUGUCACGUAUUUUGCCCGUAUAUGGAACAAAUACUACACGCGAUACAGUGAUUGGUGGAUAUCACGUACCCAAAGAUACCUAUGUUGCCAUAAACAUCAACAACAUUCAUUUUGACAACAGCGAAUGGCCGGAGCCUCACAGUUUUAAGCCAGAGCGAUUUCUUGACGAAAAUGGUCUGUUUGUUGGUUGGACAACAAAGCAGGCGUUAAUUCCCUUCGGCCUUGGUCGACGAGAAUGUCCAGGUCAGCAAUUGGCAAGAAUUGUUAUUUGCCUUUUUGCUUCAUCUUUGAUGCAAAAUUUCACAAUUGAAGUACCAGAAGGAGAGAAAAAGCCCAUACCAAAGCCAUCAAAUCCGCAAUUAGUUCUUGCGCCAGCUGAUUACAAUAUUGUGGCAAAAGAGCGCAUUUAGGUCGAUAAAUAUACGUUUCAUUUUCUCAAACGCAAAUACUAAGAUAUGACUAACAAUUUUCAUCUUAUGCAACUUACCUCAAUAGACGAUAGUUUGUUUAUGUAAAUACCUCUACAAUUGCUGGAAAUGAACACUAUAUAACAUAACCUUUUAUCUUGGCUAAUAUGAUCGAACUCUUUGCAAUGUAAUAAAUGUCAUAACUGAACUCCUAACGCAGCGAAAAAUUAAAUUGAUCAAGUUCUUUUACUUCACAGUCAAA